AACCAAAGUUAGAGCUAAUUUAUCCAGUGUAAAUGAUUUAUUACUGUUGUGUUGUUUUUUCAUUUUCUUCCUCUUCCUUUCUCUUUUCUUUUCUGGUUUCCUGCUGAAUAGCUCCGCUUUAUAAUUGCUGAAGUUUCAUAUUGUGCUGGCUGCAGGAAUCACAAACCCGGCUGGUUGGAUACUCUCAGAAACCAGUGGGAGGGUCCCACUGUAACAGAAUUUAAAGAGGUCGUUAGCUUCUAGUGUGAACAGAAACAUAUGUGACCUGAGGAAGUCAGGGGAAAACACAAGAAUAUCAUCAAGAUCAUAUGAAGAGCCGGGCCAAGACAAGACAUCCUAUUGAAGGCUUUACCUGCAACCUAACAAUUAUGUAAAGAACCAAUAUUUCUUUGGAAAAAAAACUUGGACAAUUCUCCUUACAACCCAAUAUGUCGGUUUUUAUACUGGUGUCAUUUUACCUCCACGCCACUGUGGUGCAAGGCUUCUUUGUGAAAAACUGUAACAUAAAAGCAAUUCCAACACACUCAACAAACUUUGUGGCUCUAUGCAAUAAACAGCGCCUUAGCACCGUACCAGAGAACUUACCCCACCACAUAAAAGGACUGGAUAUAUGUCAAAAUAACAUAUCAAAGAUAAAGAGCAAUGAUUUGGUAUAUUUGUCACAUCUUAAAUAUCUGAAUGUAUCACACAAUGUGCUUCAGGAGGUGGAGGAUGGAGCGUUCAGGUGUUUGGAGGAAUUGCAAGGUCUGAAUCUUGCCUUCAACAGACUUACCACUAUCCAAGGGUCAUUCUUUCAAAAUCUGCAUAACCUCACUGUUCUUCGCCUUGACAAAAACUCCCUCAGAAGCAUCAGUGCCUCCGCCUUUGUUCCUCUUAAGAGUUUGGUGAUGGUGAAUUUGUCUGGAAAUCAUCUACAGAACAUAGAAAGACUGCAGCCACUUUUCAUGUUACCCAAACUUAUGCGCGUGCACAUAGGAAGCAAUGGAAUAACCUCUUUUCAAUCACUGAAAAUAUCAAACACAUCCUUAAAUCUGAAAGCCUUAGACUUGUCCUGGAAUCCUUUGCAAGUCUUCAGCCUCACACAGGAUGUCUUCCCUCAGCUUGAGAUGAUAGACCUGGCUUUUAUUAAUGAAAGCAUGAGAUGGGAUGUACAGGACAAAAAUUAUCUGCAAAAUGUUUUCAAACUGAACCUAAGUGGGAUACACAUGGCAACAGAAGAUAUCACUGCAGUGCUACAAAUGCUUAACUCUUCACUGACUUACCUAAAAAUUGAAUACAUGGGAAAAAUUAAAGCACAGUCACUCAUUAAGGCUGCUUGUCGGAUUGACUCUUUAACAGUCUUUCGCUUGCAAGGAAACAACCUAAACUCUAUAUCAGAUCAAGAGUUUAGAUUAUGCAAACAGCUCACUCUACUGGACUUGCCUAGAAACAAUCUCAUAAGUAUAUCAAGUUUAGCAUUUUCAUCACUUAAAAAUCUCAGUAAACUAAUACUGUGUCAUAACAAGCUAAAAAGUGUUCCUAUUGCCAUGAGAAAUAUAUCCACACUGGAGACCAUAGACCUGAGCUACAAUUCCAUAAAAGAGUUAAAAUGUGUAGAUUUUGCAAAUCUUAAAAAAUUAUCAAAACUUCACAUUUACAGAAAUCCUUUGCAUACUGUGGAACUGUGUGCUUUUCAAAAUCUGAACAACUUACAAAGCUUGAUAAUGAGUACAGAAAUAUUCACCUUAAAAGGUUAUUUUACGUCAGGAGUCCAGAAAUUAGAAUUGCUUGAUUUGAGUCAAAAUAAGCUAAAUUCCAUUAAUAAAGGAGAUUUUAGAUGUUUGGGCUAUCUGAGAUAUUUAUAUUUACAAGAUAACCAGAUUACAUAUAUCGAACCAGGCGCAUUUGAAGGACUAACAAACUUAACUGUACUGAGCCUGCAAUCAAACAAGAUCACACAGAGCUCAAUAAGACUUUCUGUUUUUUCUGGACUACCAAACUUAUUGUAUCUUUGGUUGAACAACAACUACAUUUCUUAUUCCACCCAAACUAGCCUUAGAGAACCACCUUUUGCUUUUCUUCCACACUUGGAGGUGCUAGGGAUUUACAGUCAACACCAUAAAGGAAUGGAAAACAUUCCUUUAAACUUUUUGGAGGGAUUGACCUCUUUAAAUUUGCUUUGGGCUGGAAGUCUUGGCAUAACAUCCCUACAUCCUCACACAUUUAAACACACUCCUGAUCUAAGGUUCUUAGAUCUGAGCAAAAAUGAGUUUUCACUACUCUCUCCAGAAAUAUUUUGGCCAAUCAAACAACUCUACAGGCUUGUCAUGGUCCAAACCGGCUUGCAAUCCAUCGACUUCCUUGUGCCAGCCAAUCUUUCUGAAAUACGUCUCUUGUUUGUAAGACACAAUGCCAUAUCGGUUGUCAACAAGACUGUAAUCGACUUCCUUUCAAAACUGAUGUACCUUGACCUUCAAGAAAAUGCAUUUUCAUGUGACUGUACCAAUGCAUGGUUCAUUAACUGGACAAUCAAUGGCAAAGAAACACAAGUUCUAAAUGCAGACAAGUUCCAGUGCAACUACCCUGUAGACCUCAGAGGGAAAAAACUCAUGAAUCUCGAUGUGAACUCAUGCAGUGUUGAUGUUGGUUUUAUUUGUUUUAUCUCCACUAGUGCUUUAGUUCUUUUGACACUAGUCACUACUUUCUUUUACAACUUCUUGAAGUGGCAGGUCAUUUAUACAUACUACCUUUUCCUGUCCUUCCUCUAUGACAGCAAGCAUCAAAGAAAGCAAGAGACAAAUGGCUUCCAGUAUGAUGCUUUUGUUUCCUACAACACCCAUGAUGAACCCUGGGUGAUGGAAGAGCUGUUAUCAAAGCUGGAGGGAGAGCAGGGCUGGAGGUUGUGUUUGCACCACAGAGACUUCCAGCCAGGUAAACCAAUCGUGGAUAACAUUGUGGAUGGAAUCUACAGCAGCCGUAAGACCAUCUGCGUGAUCAGUCGCCACUACCUGGAGAGUGAGUGGUGUUCCAGAGAAAUCCAGGUGGCCAGUUUUCGACUCUUUGACGAGAAGAAGGACGUUCUUAUUUUGGUGUUCCUGGAAGACAUUCCAAACUCUGAGUUGUCUCCAUAUUACAGAAUGAGAAGACUAAUAAAGAAGCGCACCUACCUUAAGUGGCCCAAACUAGGAAAGGAUACUCAGUACUUCUGGCAGAAGCUGAGAGCCGCCUUGGAAACCAGGGGAAGUUCAGAUGAGAAUAAUAGUGCAUUGCAGUCAGCCCAGUAGUUAUAAACCGUAGGGAGUAAAAGUUUUCAAUUCAAAUGGAACUUCAAACUGCGUAGGAAAUAGUAAAGUAAAGAUGCUUUCAUGUUGAAUGUGGUAGCUGCACCACUGUGCACUGAACCCCAUUGGGUCCAAUUGUUUCUUCGCCACCAGGGCAGUGUGGAAUGCGGUUUGUUUCCAUGCCCAUGCCAUGCCACUGCCAUGCUACCGCUUGCUGGUUCAACUAUGACUGCAUGCCAAGCCGUAGUGCAGCAGAAAAUGCAUGACUUGAACUCAUGCGACCAAGGAAAAAUUGUAGUCCAAACAAGAAAAAUCAUGGGCGAGAGAUACUAGGAGGAAGACAAAGAUGCUGUUGCUCGCACCAAACACCAAAACACUGGUCACAGACGUGACAUGUUUUCAAAAAACCUCACAAUUAUUAGCAAGCAAUCCUCUGCGUCAGCAAUAGCAUCGAACAGAGCAGAACGAAAAGCGGAACAUCCCUGGCAAUGUGAAAAAAUACCUUAAUGGUUUAUCAAUGUAUAGGUACAUGUACAAAGUUUACUGUACAUUUUCCAUCAUGUGUCUUGGGGUUAAACCAACUGGCUCUUAUCACAAACAAAAUACAACGCAUUUAAAACAUCUGGCAAAUCUAUUUAAUUAUUUAUAAAAUGACAUUUAUUUCCCUAUUACAUUAUUGGUUACAUUUACACAGCAGAUUAACGUAGCCCAAAAAAGUUCCAGACCAAUAUCUGAACCAAUGUUCAUGUAUUGAAUGAGUAUAACAGACUGCAGUCAUAAUACUUUUAUUACUGCAUAUAAAUAUGUGCUAAUUUAAUAGAUACAGGAGUCACAAGCAUAAGCAUUUGCUCCUGUACCAUUAUGUGCAGCGCCUGCAUGCACCUGCAAAUCGUAAUUGAAAAUGUCAGAUUCAAUUUGUUCCUUGUCAUUUACACAGCAAUGCAGAUAACAUGCAUGUGUUGCAUAUUUUAAAAAAUAAUUCACAUAUUCAUACAGAGAUAAAUAAAAACAAGAUUAGACACAGAUAUGUUAUUUCUUUUUAUAAUUAUUCAAUUGGGUGUCUUAAUUUUCUUCACAUGAUUGGAUGCGUGAUUUUAAAUUUGUUUUAUAUGUUUAUACUUUUGUAUUGAUAUGCUUUAAAGGCUGGUUAUUUUUUAUGUUGUUUUUUACUAAAGUGGAAGCUUUUGUUAUUGACUUUUAUUAUACUCUUAC